AUGCAACAGCUUGUGGCCAAGCUGUGCCUGCUCUUGGCACUGUCCCAUUUCAGUCUAACAGAGUGGGUGGAGAUAUCUCACUCGCACUCGCAGCCAAUUGAAGCCUCCAAGCAGGUCAAGCAACUGCCCGUUGAAGGAAAUGUAAGUCCCGAGGGUUUCACCACGCCCAGCGCUGUGUGGAUCGAGUAUCAGCGCGAACGAUUUGGACUGAGCAACAGUCAAAGCAAUCCGCUCAUACUGGUGGUGCGGAAUAGCUCUAGCAUGCCGCCAGUGGAAGUGGAUUUGGUGGUUACACCCAAAGUCGAAACGACAUCACGCCGUCACUCGUCGCAUGUGGAGAGUGCUGAGGAUGCAGAUGGCAUUGUGGAGACGGCCACCGAACCGUCAGAUACCGAUGUAGAUGAUGACGAGCUGCAAUUGCCCAGCAUGCAGGGUUUUAUAAAAUUUCUGAAAAAAAUGCAAGUCGGCUGGAUAAAGAAAUCAGCGCUCAACUUUGAAAGCAAAAUUAAAUUACUGAAGCAACUACGCGAUACUUUCAUGAAAGUUAUUGAGCAACAGUUCUCGGUGCUGUGGCAGCCAACGGAGCGUCACAGACGACGACGACGCAGCCUGUUGGAUGAAUCCAAUUUGGAUUUUCCACCGGAAGCAGCACUUAUGAGCAUUAAUUUUCUGACAUUUGCAGUUUUCUUAAUAAAACUGGUGCUGCAAGUUGUGAAAAUAGUCAAAAGCAAGCAUUACAACUUUUCGGGCUUUAAUAUAAAUGCAGAACUGGUGCGAAACCCAUAG